AUGUCCCAUCUCCAAGCUUCGCAGCUGUUCAACGUCCAAGGACUGGUUGUCGUCCUGACGGGGGGAGGAAGUGGACUGGGCCGGAUCAUGGCGCAUACACUGGAUGCCAACGGAGCGUCCAAGAUCUUCAUCCUCGGACGUCGGGAAGAGGCGCUACGAGAGACGGCCUCGCAGGCUGCCAAUGGCUCCAUCAUCCCUAUCAAAGCCGACGUCUCCUCCAAGGAGUCCCUACAGGCUGCCUACGACGCCGUCGCCGCGCAGACCGACCACGUUGAUCUGCUCAUCGCCAACAGCGGCAUCGUGGGCCCCAAGGCCAGAAGCCCAGCCGCAAAGCUCGAGUCGCCCUCCUCCUCAUCGACCCUCUCCGACCUGAGAGACCACCUCUGGUCGAUCCCCAUGCAGGAUUUCACCAAAACUUUCGACGUCAACGUCACCGGCUCGUAUUACACGGUGAUUGCUUUUCUGCCGUUGCUGGAGGCAGCGAACAAGAGACGUCCGCCGCCGCAGAAGAACAAGCUCUCUCCGCCCACCGCGCAGGUCAUCAUCACCAGUUCCAUUGCGGGGUAUAACCGCGUUGUGCCUUUCAGUAUCGCAUAUAAUCUGUCCAAGGCCGCGGUGAACCAUCUCGUCAAGGUCCUGUCGACGAUGUUCCUCCCGUACCAUGUGCGAGUCAAUGGGAUUGCGCCCGGCUUGUUCCUGUCCGAAAUGUCGGCCGGGCUUUUCAGCGACGAUGAUAAGGGCAUCUCCGAUGGUUCGUUCCCUUCCAGUAUACUCCCCCUCACUCACGCCGGUGGCGAGGAGGAUAUCGGUGGGUUGAUCCUCUAUUUGGCCGGUGGCGCGGGCGGCUAUCUCAAUGGGAAUAUUACAGUGGUAGAUGGAGGCCGUCUGGGUUUGACACCCUCGACUUAUUAA